AUGAAGAUCGGAUAUCUUGCUAAUGUUCUCGUCGCUAUAUCCUUGAGCAGUGCCUCAGGUUUCGAGCUACGUCGCUUCUCGGCUACGAGUACCUUUCCAGGCGGACAGCUCACUUAUGUCACUCCUUUCACCAAAGUCGUAAAGCAAAAGGAUACUACGCAACUCCGCAUGGGUAUCCGUAGUUUCAUCCGGGGUAAAAAGCUUACGGUCAAUCACAGCAAUGACAACAAGAAUCUCACCGGGCCUACAAAGAACGAGGCGGAAAUACGUGCUCUCUUUUCUCUCUGGAACAAUGCGCUAGCCACAGGCGACUCCCGCCUAGUCGCGGCGCGCUACGCGAGUGACGCAGUGCUUCUUCCCACAGUGUCCGACAUUCCACGCACGAAUUACGACCUCAUCAAGAACUAUUUUGACGCGUUCUUACUCAAGAAACCGCAGGGUGUCAUCAAGGAAGGAUACAUUAAGCUGGGCAAGGGCUGGGCCCAGGAUAAUGGAAUCUACGAGUUUACCAUGGGUAUCGACAACACUAAGGUCAAGGCUCGCUAUUCCUUCGUUUACACCAAGGAAAAUGGCAAAUGGAAGAUCGCACAUCAUCACUCUUCAAUGAUGCCCGAAGGUAUUACAGUCGGCCGUCCUAUCGAAGAAGAAGAGGUCAAGAAUCUAUUUCAUCUAUGGAACGAUGCCCUCGCUACCGGUGACUCCCGAGUCGUUGCCGACCGCUAUGCCAAGACAUCAGUAUUGCUCCCUACCGUCUCGGACGUCCCGCGGACUGAUUAUGACGGUAUCAAGGACUACUUUGAUGCGUUUCUCCUCAAAAAGCCUCAAGGUGUCAUUCUUGAGUCUAAUGUAGUCAUUGGCGCCAAUUGGGCCCAAGAUGCGGGCUUGUAUGAAUUCACGAUGGGAGUCGAUGGCUCCAAGGUCCAGGCCCGUUACACAUUUGUCUACGUUUUUGAAGAUGGACAGUGGAAAAUCUCUCACCAUCACUCGUCUGUAAUGCCCGAAGCCUUUUUGGGACCAGCAGCGCCGGCCAACGCAAAUACGGAAGUCGUCAGUAAAAAGUAG